AUGAGUGACUACUCUGUCACUGUGAACCAGCAACUGGAGACACAUCGUCACCCGAUGCCACAACCGGAGGAUCUCAUGCGGAGACUGGGUCGAGGCCACUAUUUCACGAAGACUGACCUCGCUGACGCAUACAACCAGAUCUGCUUUGGCCCAGAGUCGCAGAAGAAGCUUGCCCUAAGCACUCACAUAGGCGUCCUGCUACAGAAACGCCUGCUGUUUGGAAUAACCUGGGAUCACGGUUAUUUCCAAGAAAUCAUGGACCAGUUAACACAAGACCUGCCUGGUGUUGCAGUCUACAUGGAGGACAUCCUUGUCAGCGGCAACAAUGCAGUGGACGGCGGAACACCUGCAGAUCCCACGAGGCCUGUUCCAGCGUCUACAAGUCAAAGGACUACGCUGCCAGUUAGAGAAGUGCUUCUUUGCUCAGCCCCACGUAGAGUUCCUAGAACACUACCUUUCCAAGAACGGCAUUGCAAAAGAUCCAAAAACAGACGCCAUCAUGCAGAUGCCAGCACCAUCCAACGUGUCCAGCGUGAGAUUUUUUUAGGCCAAGUCCAGUUCUAUAGCAAAUUCCUUCCAAACCUGUCGACUAUCCUGGAACCGUUGUACCGUCUGACAAAGAAAGACACUCAAUGGCAGUGA